UGUGAAAAAAAAAGUUGCCCCUCAGUUUCCCUUUUAUACUUUCCCCCUAAUCUCAAACUGAUGCGCUCAAGUCCUUGAUUCCCCAACCCUGGGAAAUAAUCUGAGUGCAUUCACCCUAUCCAUGCGUCUCCUCUUAUUCACUCUAUAAGAAGUCUCCAAUGCUCUAAAAGAAAUCCGAUCUUGUCCAACCUCUCCCUCUAACUCAGACCAUUGAGUCUAGGCAAUAUCCUUGUAAGUGUCUUCUGUACACUUUCCAGUUUAGUAACGUUCUUCCUGUGACAAGGACUCACCAACAUCCUGUACAACUGCAUCAUAACUUCCCAACUACUGUACUCAAUGCCCUGAUUGAUGAAGAUUGAGACAACGGAAUGGCUGUAUUCUGUGGGAGCCCUGUGCUGGAGAGUUGUUGCAUGUUCUGCGAUGCAAGGUCCCUGGACUGUGACAGAGUCGCCUGGUAAUUGGACCGUGUGAACUGUACCACGAGCCAUGGAAAAGGAGGGCAGCAUCCAACUGGAGGUGCCCGAUUUCAGCAGCUCGGUGCUGGCCCAGCUCAACCAACUGCGGAUGCAGGGGCGGCUCUGUGACAUUGUGGUCGACGUCCAGGGGAAGUCCUUCCGUGCCCACAAAGCAGUGCUGGCUGCCAGUUCGCCCUACUUCCGUGACCAUAUGUCCCUGGGUGAGAUGAGCGCCGUUUCCAUCUCUGUCAUCAAGAGCCCCGCGGUGUUUGAGCGCCUCCUGGCCUUCUGCUAUACGGGCAAGCUGUGCCUGCAGGUGGCCGAUAUCAUCAGCUACCUGACAGCUGCCAGCUUCCUCCAGAUGCAGUACAUCAUCGACAAGUGCACGCAGAUCCUCGAUGGCAUUCACUUCCGAAUUGAUGUCUCUGAAGUGGAGGCGGGGUUGAACCAGGACGGUCCCAAGCGCCCGGCCCAAACCCGCAGCAUCGCUACCCCAAGCAGCCGCCGUGGCCGGGCAACCUCGGGUUUUAGCCGCAGAAGCCCACUGCAGGACGAGUUGGGGAGCAGCGGGGCUGAUGAGAGGCUGGUUAGAAUUGACCGGGUGGGCCAGUGGUAUGUGGAGACAGGGGUCAGUGGCGACCACAGCCCAGAGGCUAUUCGGCAAAUUGGCGGGAUGCGGAUCAAGACAGAGACGCCAGAUGAGUGGAUCAUGUCGGAGAACCAGCCAUCCGGGGAGGAUGGCAGCAGCGCAGAGGAGGUAACAGCUAUGGUGAUUGACAGUGCUGGGCACAGCACCCUGGUCCAGGAGGCCUUUCCCACCGCUGCCUCAAGUGGCAAGAUCUCAAGACCUUCCAGCAGCUUCAGUGAGAUGGACAGGUUUAGCCCAUCUGGCAGUGUUGUUUGCACUGUGCCUGAGCGCCACAGAGCAAGGAGUGAGUCUCCAGGCAAAAAUGAAGAACGGAAACAGCCCAACUCUCAGGCAGAUGAGACUCCCCUGUUUGGUGUCAGUGGCUAUGAAGAGUACCUCCGGGACCAAGAAGUGGCUGAGCGUUGGUACCGUUACAACCCUCGCCUGACCUGUCUGUACUGCGGCAAGUCUUUUAACCAGAAGGGAAGCCUGGAUCGCCAUAUGCGGUUGCACAUGGGCAUAACACCCUUUGUGUGCCGAAUCUGCGGGAAAAAGUACACCCGCAAGGACCAGCUGGAAUAUCACAUCCGCAAGCACACCGGGAACAAGCCCUUCCACUGCCACGUCUGCGGAAAGAGCUUUCCCUUCCAGGCUAUUUUAAAUCAGCACUUCAAAAAGAACCACCCGGGCUGCACACUGCUGGAGGGGCUACACAGUAUUUCACCAGAGACCACCUCCAAGGGACAGAAUGGGGAAGAAUCCCCACCUCAAGAUGAGGCAAAAGCCAUUGGCGAACUAAUUCAUACUUCCGUCUCAACUACUGGGCCAGACUGAAUGUGCACUGGGGACAGAUAUUUGUCUGUAGCGCCUCGGUAGAGGGGGGUUGGGGGUGCUGCUUUUAAUUUAGUGUGAACUGUUUCGUUUGGAUUUAGAACUGAUUAUACAAAGCGGUGUUUUCUUUUGCAGGAAAGGAACAUUUGUUGUUGCAUUGCUCCAAGUUGCAUGCAACCAUUGCUUGUUUAACCUCAUGACUUUCCCCCGCCUUAUGAAGAUAGCAGCAGAAAGUGAUUGGACUGUUGCUGCAUUGUGAGAGGGGAGAAUGGGGAAGAAAGGUGUGUCAUUCUCAGGUUCUUUGAAGACCAGGUAGCUAAUGUUGAACAAUUUAGAUCCAACAGAGAGCAUUUUGACUGUUUGAAUCUUCAAGGGUCCCACCAAGCACCUCACUGUGUGAAACACUCUGGGCCUAUUUCUCUACCUAUCCUGAAACAGCCCAGGAAGCCUGUCUGCAAGAUACAGUGUUACUUCCCCAAAACUGUUCAAGGAACUUAUUUGUAGGUGUCAACAUUUAGAAGGAACAGAAACAAAACUGGUGCACCUUCCCUUGGGAAGGUGCGAGUGUUGAAGGGGACAGGAAAUGGGUUGAGGAAAAGGGACUACAGUGGAACUACUUGGGCAGAUUCCUCGAUGAUGGAGUACCAAUGCUGUGAAUGGAAAACCCUGUGGUUCUGUACAUUUCUGUAAACGAAUGACAAAAGGUGUUUUUACUAUAGGUAGCUAAUAUGUAAAGAGAAAUAUGGAUACUCCAAAGGAAUGUGUGUGGCCAGGUUUGACAGUAGAUUUAUAGUUGAGUGGAUUUGUGUGUCGUGCUUGAGUUGUAUGUGUGUUUUUCAAACUGGGAUAUCUCAUUAUAAUAACUGAAGAGCGGUUUUUCUAAUAUACCUCUUAUAGACCAUCCAAUGAAGCAUUUGUGCAUGGAUUUGUGAAGUCUUUUAUAAAAAAAUUAUAAAUGGAUUGGGAAAUGUACAGAACACAGAAUAUUCCAUUAUUUAUAGCAUUCUUGGAAUAAACUAAUUAUGUCACUGACUCCUUGAUUUUGCUGCAGAAAUACUUCUGCAAAGUGGGAUUGUUCAGGGAAAUUGGGGGUGGGGGGGAGACAGAGUUUGGGAUGAUUUUGCUGACUCCCUGAUUAGGUGUUUUCCACUGUAGCACAUUGACAAGACAAGACAGCUUCUCCCAUGCUCUCACUCUGCUCUUGCCUUUGCAUCUAACAUUUACUGACUCACAAAUGCGUUGAAAUUGUGGUAAGGGACAUGUGGAUGAUCAUUGGCAUUGUUGGAGAAAAAUCAUUGCUUCUGAGGAAUUCAGAACAAGCCCGAUAAAAUUAGAGAGGCUGUUCAGGAGUGAUUUCACACUUAAAGGUACUGGAAUUCUGCAACUAACUUUGAUAAAUAGCUGUUGAGGUUGGGAGUCAAUUGAAAAUUUCAAAACUGAAGUUGUGGAUUUUUUUUCCUUGGGUAAAGUCACUUAGGACAGAACCAGGGUAUAUAGAUAGUUAUGGUGAGAAUUCAGCUGUGAUCUGAUUGAAUGGCAACAUUGGCUCAAGGAUAUCCUUUUUGAUAUAACUGUAUCCUCUUGUUUCAGAGGCUACUGACAAUCAGAAUCUUUAGUGAGGGAGAUUAUCACAUCAAAGCAAGGCUUGAAGAGCUUCAUAAGUCAGCUGUGCCAGUCACAUGAUUUUAAUGAUUGAACCAGUAACUUGGCUUUUUAUACACUGUAACCUAUCCAGUCUGGAAAUCUGUUGUUCAGAGACUCCAAUUGUGUGGAAUAUUUGAGUAGUCAGAGCAUUCUCUCUUGAUUUGGUUACAUUGUGAUCUAGUACUCUGCAGGAACAUGGAAGAAACAGCGCACAGAAUUUUGAUUAAAUAAAACAAAUUUUAUAAUUAAUUUUUUUAUCACUCUUUCAGAUAAAUGUUCAUUUGCUUAGUGUUCUCUGGUUCACUCGCUUCUAGUGUUAAGCAUUUUAACACUUUUAUUCUGAAAUCCAGAAAUCCUGUUGGUUCUAGACUGCAGAGGUUACAGUGUGUUUAAAUUGUAUUGAAUCCAGUCAGGACAAACACAGGAACAAGAUGAAUCAUUCAUUGAGAUGAUUACAAUAAUUAGGCAGCAUCAAGGUAGGAAGGAAUUUCAUAUUGAGAGAAAUCCUCAGAACAAAUAGUUUAGUUAGUUUACAGGAAAAGGGGUAGUAGCCAGUGGAAUAUUGCGAUCUGUAGAGUUUAUUACAUGGGUUAGAAGGUAUUUUGUUGUCUUUUAACAUUGCAGAGUGAGAAGGUAUACAAGAUGUUCCAUCAAACUAAUUCUCAUAAGCAGAUGCUUACAAUUACAUUUACCCAUCUGUUUCCCUCCAUCACUAUUGAUGUAGUUUCUACCUCAUCACAAACCCUGGCAGUGAAUUUAAAAAAAAACUUUAUCAUGUCCUUUAUCUCACUUAAUCUUAUAUCGAUGCCCCUUGCUCUUGACUCCUCAACGCUAAAUUAUGUCCCCUUCUAAAUUUUAAAUAUUCUGUAUUUACAAUGGUUUUAACAAGAAAAAUUUAACUUUACAAGUUUUUGUAUUUCCUUUCACUAGUCAAGUCCGUUCAGGAAUUUGCACUGCAUCCUCUCCAAAGCUGUAAUAUCUUUUACAUUGUAUAGGUCAAUCUGCAGACAUUACUUUGUCUGAAAUUUUGAUGCUUUAUCCCUUAACUUCUUUUUAUAUACCUCAAGAUAAAACAGAAUAGAGUUCCAUUUUUUAAAAAAAACUUUAUCCAAUUUCAGUGUUGCACUUUGUUUUGCAAUGUUUAAAAGACUGUACUAUCCAGAGCUCCAAGUCUACUCCCAAUCAGAAUAAUUUCUGCUGCUAAUUGUACCAUAAUGCAUCACCCCAUAUUUGCAAUUACUUGCAUCUAACUUUUUUCAGCCCAUUCCCUUCAUCUGGUGGUUUCCUUUAGUCUUCUAAAGAAUGAAGUAUUCCUCCUGUUUUGGUUUAUCUGCGUAUUUUAAUACUAUUUUUAAGGUUGAUGUUGAAAUCCUUGAUGCAUGCAGAGUGUAUGAGUAACCCAGAAGGGAAACCUGUUGGAUACCAUUAUUCUGCUUUUUAUUAAACUAUUUCCUCUGCUCUGACCAGUUUUUUAAAUCUAGUUUCCCAUUCCCCAACUCCCCCCAAAUUCAUAAUGAUUUAUCUGCUGUCAAGUACUCAAGUGAUAUCUUUGUCAGAGGCUUUUCUCAAAUGCAUGGAAAAAAACCCCACUUUAUCUUAUCUACCAACUUUGUUCACUCCUCAGAGCUCUGAGGUUUGUUAAGCCUGAUUGUCCCUUUUGAAAUCUGAUCUGAUUGCUUCAAACUUUUUUAAAAAAUAUAUAUUUAACCAGGUAUGCAGCAUUUUGUUAUUUGAAGACUUGGCCUGCUGCAGAUGUUAGUUGGCCUGUAGUUCCCAGAUUAGCACUGACUCAUUCUCCAGAGCUCUGGAAAAUGCUCUCACUCAGUUUAGUCCUGAAAUAUAACUUCAUUGGCCUCUGUGCUCUCCUCACAGCCUCAGGACAAACCUAACAUUUGUAUUAGAUCUGGGUCUUCAGCUUAAUUUAUCUAAAAUAAUAGACAUCCAUUCAUCGUUAACUAAGAGUUCAUCCCUUCUCCAGUAACACGCUUCAUGAGUAAAGAUUAAUAUCCCUGGAAUUUUAGUGAUCAUCUGUAAAUUGUCAACCAAAGAUAGAAUUACAAUGUUAUGUUGGACAUCAUGUGGAACAGUUGAGGGAGUUGUUUGAGGAAGUGUGAAAUACAAAGAGCCAGGUUGGGCACAACGGAACUGGAAAGAUUGGACAGGCUUUAUGUAAAUAUCAGUUUUCUAAUAUAUAUCUAUUCACCUGGCUUUCCUGCUUUCUGUUCUUCCCUUUAACUUAUCAGGAUUGACUCACUUUACAUGAUUAAAAGUUAAUUAUUUCUGCUAAACUAGGUUCCCCAUUACUAGAAAGCUGAUAAUGAUGGAGAAAAUGAUUUGAAACUUAACUUAUGAAAACGUGUUCAGGCUGAGUUCUGAUUGGUCCAGUGACCUACGACUACUCAAGGACAUCAGCUGAAAACAUAUGAGCCGCUCACAAGCCCCAGUGGACAGAGGCGAAACCUUAGGUAAAAUAAACUGAUGCAAGAAAACUGUUUGUGCUGUGUGUGCUUUCAGAUGUCUGAUUUACUAGACUGCCUUGUUGAGCAUUGAAUGGUGGCUCACCAGUGAGGUGAGCACUCCUAACAGAAGCUUACUCCAAUCUGGGGAGUAAGCCCACGUCGCCAAUAUAAUCGGUUGCUGGGGACUGCAUGAAAUCAUUUAGUGCCACACCUGCGUCAUU